UGUAGAACACUUUUCAUUUUUCUGACAUGAAUCAAAGCUCUUCACAUUGUGAGCAACCAUUGGAUAAUAAAAAUUAUUCCUUCUGAUAAAGAACUGAUCAAGUCAUUCCUACAGUUGCCAAUAUGACAAAAGAAAAGCAAUGCUUUUCYUUAUUUGGAGCGGUUACAGCAAAGAUAUUAUUCCUCUCGUGUUACAGACAUUGACCGGGGGUGCGUAUCGGUAAAAUCCACAGGCGUCGAAUGUCACWUGGAUCCUAACGCUCGGUCGUAUAUUUUUACCAAAACAUCGCACAUACUUGUCAAAGACCAUCAAUAAUUACUCCAAUGUAUUAUUUUUCUCAGCUUUAUUUCUCCCAAAACAAACACAUUUACUGAGAUAUAGAUUCCCUAUUCCUACGCAGAGAGGUUGACUCUGCAUUCUGGAACGUACCCAGUGUACGAACCCGGAAGUKUGKRAAUACAGSCAUAAAAGCUGUCGCUGAGCCAGAAAGCUUCAACCAAGGCUCAUAAGAUAGCCAACAAACUGUCGUUGUACAUGUAGCUAUCGCGCAUAUUUCUGCGGAUUCAAAAUGGAUGCGGAAACAGAGUGUUGCAAAUGUCACCUCUUGGAUUUGCCCUGGGAGGAUGUGUUGGUAACACACAUAUUCUGCUACCUGCCAUUACGCCAGCUGGUGCGGCUACAGAGAGUGAGCAAGCAGUUCUAUGCCCUCAUCCAGGUGUACCUGGCCAACUGUCGCACCUUUGACCUCACACAGAUAGGGCCUAGCCUUCCCAAGGAGGCAUUCUGCAACAUACUAAGGGACAACAAAGUCCUACAGAACUUGUCCGUCCAGAACUGCUCCGAUUGGGUGACAGACACGGAGCUGCUGCCUGUGAUUGGSCAGAACCAGCACCUGCUGAGAGUAGACAUGAGGGGGUGUGACCGGCUGACCCGUCACUCCUUAGUAGCCGUGUCGUUGAGCUGCACACACCUGCAGCACCUGGGCCUGGCCCACUGUGAAUGGGUGGACAGCCUGUCCAUACGCAGCCUGGCUGACCACUGUGGGGGCCUGAGGUCCAUYGACCUGACCGCCUGCCGCCAGCUCAAAGACGAGGCCAUCUGCUAUUUAUCCAAGAAGUGUCUGAAGAUGAGGUCGCUGUCUGUGGCGGUCAACGCCAACAUUACAGACGUGUCUGUCGAGGAAGUGGCCAAGAACUGCAGGGAGCUGGAACAGCUGGACCUGACAGGUUGCCUGAGGGUUAGGAACGACUCCAUCAG